AUGUUCCGUGUGACGAACGCCACCGGCGUCACAGACAAGGCACUGCUGGACAAGUGUCAGGCCAAGACGCUUCUAGAGAAGAAAACAGUUAUCAAUUUGUUCGAGGCAUACGCUAUAGCUGUCAAGGACUACCUGCACAGGGAAGGUGGGAUUGAACAUAAAGACAUCAUCGAUUACGUCAAGUUCCUCCCCAAGACCGAAAAGAAGCAGAAAAGGGCCAGCCGGACCUUGAAUGCAGCCGCCGCACUACCUACCCGUGACACCCCUCACCCUCUCCACCCACUAGAGAACGAUUCAGGCGGGAACACUCAAGAUUUAUUACCUGCCGAGAACCCCCCCGACCGUUUGUUGACGAGUCUAUGCACCCAUGUGUGGCGCAAGAUAUGUCGUGCGGAAUCCUCGCCACGCUGGCCAAAGCCCCGAAAGAAAGAGCGUGUUGAUAACGUCCCUCUAGAAAUAUCCUUCUACCUCAGCUCGUACAUUGCCUCUCUAGAAGAGCGGAAUGACAUUAUUCACCCCAAGAUCGAACCUCCCGCGAUAUCACUUUUGCACACCUCGCUGUGCCGACUAAUCGAAGCUCUCACUGACAUGGAGAGAAUCGCAACCACAUCAGUCAUAUACUCGAUGCAUCUGUGGCUACUAACGCUCAUCUACUGCCUUUUUUUGCCAUUCCAAACUUUGUCUACAUUGGGCUGGCUCACAGUACCUGGUACCGUUCUUGCGAGUUUUAUGUUUUUCGGCUUCCUUGUAGCCGGUGCGGAGAUUGAGAAUCCGUUUGGUUAUGACAAGAAUGACUUGAACCUCGACGAGCUCGUUCAGAUUAUCCAGAAGGAUCUACACUCAAUGUCCUCGCCUCCUACUCUGAGACCCUCUGAGUGGGUAUUCUGUAAGGACAAUAUCCUCUUCCUAUCCCGCCAAAACGAUGAAAUAGUUUCACCUGAAGAAUGGCUAAGGAGGGGAAACGAAGGGAUACACAAGGCGGUGCCCACUGAAGGCCAACCUGACCAGACAUGCAACGUGACAUACGUAUAA